AUGCCCAUUCACCGCUGGAUCAUCCCCAAAGGCUACCUCUCGGCCGAAGAGAAGGGCGUCCUUUCCGAGAAGAUCACGGACAUCUACGAGGGUGUUGGCCUGCCACGAUUCUAUGUCGUCGUAUUCUUCGUUGAGCUGGAGGGCCACGACUUCUACUAUGGCGGCAAGCCAGCCAAGUCCUUUGUCAGAAUCGAUGUUGAACACAUCGCGCGUAACUUUGGAGACGCACCCGUCGCUGCCAAGAAGGAGUUCCUCGAUAAAUACGAGGCGGUUAUCGAGCCGUGGAUUAAGGGCCGCGGCGUCGACUGGGAGGUUCAGAUCAAAGAUAUUUGCGAUAGAGACCUCUGGCACGAGAACGGCCGCUCACCACCCGCGAUUGGCUCCGUCGAAGAGACCAUUUGGAAGAAAGAGAACCGGCCAGUGCCCGAUGAUGAGCUCGCAGCGAUUAAAGCGACUCUGUAG